AUGUCAGACGGCGAGGAUGAUUUUAUGUGCGAGGAGGAAGAAGAUUACGGAUUGGAGUAUUCUGAAGACUCCAACUCUGAACCAGACGUUGAUCUAGAAAAUCAAUAUUACAAUAGUAAAGCUCUCAAGGAGGAUGAUCCAAAAGCUGCUUUACAAAGUUUUCAGAAAGUCCUGGAUCUAGAAGGUGGUGAGAAGGGAGAGUGGGGCUUUAAGGCUUUGAAACAGAUGAUUAAAAUUAAUUUUAAACUAUCCAAUUAUAAAGAAAUGAUGUCGAGGUAUAAACAAUUGUUGACAUACAUUAAAAGUGCAGUUACUAGAAAUCACUCGGAGAAAUCAAUUAAUUCCAUAUUGGAUUAUAUUAGCACAUCAAAAAAUAUGGAGUUAUUGCAAGAUUUCUACGAAACUACAUUAGAUGCAUUAAAAGAUGCAAAGAAUGAUAGGUUAUGGUUUAAAACAAAUACAAAACUGGGAAAGCUUUAUUAUGAUCGCUCAGAUUUUAAUAAAUUGGCAAAAAUAUUGAAACAACUUCAUCAAAGUUGUCAGACUGAUGAUGGAGAAGAUGAUUUGAAAAAAGGAACACAAUUAUUGGAAAUUUAUGCCUUAGAGAUACAGAUGUAUACAGCACAAAAAAAUAAUAAGAAAUUGAAAACACUUUAUGAACAGAGUCUUCAUAUUAAAAGUGCUAUUCCUCAUCCUCUAAUUAUGGGUGUUAUCCGAGAAUGUGGAGGUAAAAUGCAUUUAAGAGAAGGUGAAUUUGAAAGAGCCCACACUGACUUUUUUGAAGCCUUCAAAAAUUAUGAUGAAUCUGGUUCACCAAGACGUACAACGUGUUUAAAAUAUUUAGUUUUAGCUAACAUGUUAAUGAAGUCUGGUAUUAAUCCAUUUGAUUCACAAGAAGCAAAGCCAUACAAAAAUGACCCUGAAAUUUUAGCAAUGACAAAUUUAGUUGUCAGCUAUCAGAAUAAUGAUAUCAAUCAGUUUGAAUUAAUUUUAAAACAAAAUAGGAACAAUAUUAUGGAUGAUCCCUUUAUUAGAGAACACAUUGAGGAUUUAUUACGGAACAUACGUACGCAGGUUCUAAUUAAGUUAAUAAGACCAUAUACUAGAAUUUAUAUUCCUUUUAUAAGUAAGGAAUUGAAUAUUGACGUUUCGGAAGUGGAAAGUCUUUUGGUAUCUUGCAUUUUGGACAAUACUAUUCAUGGUCGUAUAGAUCAGGUAAAUCAAGUUCUUGAAUUGGAUAAAAAAUCGGUAUGCGCUACACGUUACAAUGCUCUCGAUAAAUGGGCAGGUCAAUUGCAAUCCUUGCAUACAGCCAUUGUGAACAAAAUGUCUUAAAUGGCAUGUGUAAGGUUGCAUAUGAUGCUGCAAUAAACAUGAUUUAAUUUUACUUUGUGUAUAGUAUAUCAUAAAAGUCCUAUACAGAUAUGUGAAGAAAUGAAAUCUAUUGUGAUAUAAUAAAUUUAGCAUUUUAGCACGGGA